CACCCAGUCCUCCUGUGGUAAAUAGAGCAAGGGAAAUGCACCUGUCAUGGAAAAAGCGGAGAGAGAGAGGCGCUCCUCAGCGGCAAACUUUACUUAUCUUCCGCCACAAAGUAAACAAGGAGAAGGAGCAAAGGAAGGAGGCUCGGGCAUGGUUAUGGUCGUAGUCACGAAGCAGAGAGCGACUUGCUAGUCGUGUAGCGGCCGGUCUCCUUCGACUUAUAACAACAGGGAUAUCUCAAUGUGAAAGCGACUUGAUUGAGCCAGUUCACCUGCACUAAGCGUUCUUGGAUACAGUCACGAUGCCCGAGGCUGCCGACAUGAUAAACUUUGGCUUCCUGACUGAAUCCGAGCAGGAGCUGAUCCUGCAGGUGCUGCAACGGGACGAGAAGCUGAGGCAGGCUGAGGAGCAGCGUGUGCGGAAGUUGAAGACAGAGCUUCAGGAUGUUAAGAGGAAAGGGGCCAAACGUGCCAAUGAAAGAUACAGUCAGUAUAGUUGUGGCCGAUGCCUGGAGCCUCUAAGCCGACUGACUGUUUUUUCCAGCCAGUGUAAGCUGUGCAAUCACAAUGUGUGUCGCAACUGCCGAACAGUCCUGCCCGAUGGAUCCUGGCUAUGCAACGUGUGUGCCAAAGAAUCUGAUGUCAAGAAAAGGACGGGCGACUGGUUCUAUGAUCAAAGGAUCAAUCGUUUCUUCAUGGCACCCGGGCAUGACCUAGUGAGAAUCUCCCUGAAAAAUAAGUCACCAUUAAAGAAACGUGAGACAGUGGGAGAAGUUCUGUUGAGUAGUCCUAAAAUAAACCCAGAUCCUCCCAAUUCUGCAUCUCUGUCCAUGCAGAAACCUCAAGUGGUUGACAAAAGUCAUUCAAGCAGUAAUUCUGGAUCCAUCACUUCAAGGGAGUCAGUUGAAUCCAAGAAGAAGGAAUUAAAGGUCCACUCAAAGUCGAGUCACAGUGACGCGGAGUCUGCAGAAAAUGCCAGUAUAGCCAGCAUUAAAACUGAGACGGAGUCUGGCCGUGUGACCCCUGAGCAACCAAGGAAAGAGAACAGCUUAGUUCGGAGCAGCCCAGUAGGAUCCAGUAAUUCCAGUAAUUCCAGUCUCACAGUCCCCAUCGCAGCAGAUACUGCCAGCACAGAAACCACCAACACAGAGACCAACACUGCCCCAGAAGUAAAAUCCUACAAUUUAAACCCAGAGCUGGAUGUUGACAGACUCUUCAAGAAGAGCAUCAAACGACCCCCAAAACCUGCAGAGUAUGCAUCAACGCUGGACCUGCGUGAUAAGUGCGACACAUCAGAGGUAUCAGUUGGCAAAAGGAGCCGUUCUGUACCAGGUUUAGAUUUACAGGAAGAUGAAGAAGAGGAGGAUAUCGACAGCUUGGUUAGCUUUCAUAGAAGAACGAUGGACUCAAAUUCCUCCAGCCUGCGCGGUUCAAAGAGCACACUGGGCAGCAUGAUGAGUCUUUACAGUGAAGCUGGAGACUUUGACAGUGUGGAGGUGAAGGGAGACGUUGUCUUCUCUCUAGCCUACGAUGAGCGCAGCCAGAGUCUUCAGGUCUUCGUCAAGGAGUGCCAUGAGCUGGCUUAUGCUGAUGCCUCAAGGAGUCUCUGCAACCCUUACGUCAAAUGUUAUCUACUCCCCGACAAAUCUCGCCAGAGCAAAAAGAAGACCACCACCAAGAGAAACACUAUCAACCCGGUCUACAAUGAAACAUUAAAGUACUCUAUCAGCCACUCUCAGUUGUCUACCCGUUCCCUCUCCAUAUCAGUCUGGCAUCAUGGUCGCCUCAGCCGCAAUGCCUUCCUGGGAGAGGUGGAGAUUCCCCUGGACUGCAGAGACCUCAACUCCCCACAGGAGGAGUGUAUGGCUCUCUUGGCAAAGGCAGCCUCUGUUGUGCCACCUUCAGUUUUUGCUCAGUACAAAGGAGAAUUGAUUAUCUCAUUGAAAUAUAUCACACCUAAAAAGCAAACAGCUGAGAAAACCAAAGACAAAAAAGCUGGGCUGGAGGAAGGAGGAGAGCUGCAUGUCCUAAUAAAGGAGGCAAAGAAUUUGGUGGCAAUGAAGUCAGGAGGCACAUCAGAUAGCUUUGUGAAGGGCUACUUAUUCCCAGCUAAGGCAAAGAGCACAAAGAGGAAGACUGCUGUUGUGAAGAAGAAUCUAAACCCCCACUACAAUGAAACAUUUGUGUAUAAGGAGCUGACUCUGGAGCAGCUGAAGGAGAUGUGUCUGGAGCUGACUGUGUGGGACAAAGAGGCGAUGAACAGCAAUGAAUUCCUAGGAGGUAUCCGCCUCAGUUCUGGAAAAGGCACCGUAAAAAUAGGCAAAGAGGAGAUGGAGUUGGACUCGGUUGGAGAGGAGGUCAGUCUCUGGCAGAAAAUGAUGCAGUACCCAGACUCGUGGGCAGAGGGCACUCUUCCACUGCGUUCCACUAUGGGGAAGAUGAAGGGCAAAUGAGGACAGCACACGCCUGAGACGAGAAGCUGUGUCCUCUGAGACAAACAUGGGAUUGUGGAUUAAUUUUGUUUUCUCAGGCUUGUCACAGCAGAACAGGCCGGCCUGUUGAAGUGAGCAGUCACCCACUUUGUUGUCCUGACACUUCACAUCUGCUCACACCUGCCCUCCCUGCACGGGGUUCAUCUUUAACACAGCCCCCAAACUGCAGAUGGGUGUUAACCUUUGAAAAUGUGCCAAAGCAUCACCACAGCAAAUUUAUUUUAACACAUUCCCCUUAUUUUUUUGUUGUUUUUUAUUCAGGCUGUAUAUUUUGUAUCUAUUCAAAAUUGUGCACAGCACUAGGCACUCUUAAUUUCUCACAGUUUUCUUUAUUUGUGUAGAGUAGUAUACUGGUGUGGGAAAACAAUUUGCUACAAAGUGGUUAUGCAAAAUUUCAGGUAUUGCAUCUAACAAGUUCUGCUUUAUUUAAUCCAUACAGUGCAUUUUACAUUACUAUUUUUAUAUUUAUAUAACUUGCAUGAGAAGUUUUUAAUAAAGAUGAUAGUCUAUUUUAAUGUAGAUUUUAUCUUUGAUCACACUCCAUUUACCUCAAUGCUCUCUUCACCAAAUAAAAAUAAGCUAAACUCAAAAAUAUUUGGCUGUCUCCACUUUGCAUCAUGCCUGAGAUAAAAGACAGACGGCAUGAAAAUGAACUGAAAUUUCUUAAAGAUGGUAAAAGUAUAACUUUCAGAGGAGAAAAGCUCUUAUAACCUUUAGAACACAAUUAUGAGUAUCUUUAUCAGAUUUGACUUGUGAUGCUAUACAUGCAAUUUUUAUAAUGCAUCAUAAACUGGAUAGAUGCAUUUCAGUAUGGAGUGGUGAAACUUGCUUUUAGAAGAACUUCAGUUACAUCUAAUAUGAAUCCAGCUGGAAAUUAUUUAAUAACAAAAAAAGAGAAUUCAUAUAAACAAGUGAGUAUCUGCAUUUGAUUUUUUAUGCACACGUUGUAUUUGCUGGUGUCUCUUACCUCUAAUCUUAUAUGCUAGAUUUUCUGUCAAACGCUUUCAGCCCUCAGCACCUGUUUGGCUGAUUUAAUUCAGAGCAAACAGCACUGACACUUCAGUAUUGUUGUAAUCACAUUUGAACACAAGGAACCGCCACCCUCACCCCCCC